CGGAUCCCACGAAAACUGUGCCUGGUACACCCCCCAAAAUCUUCAACCCGUGGCGGCAAGGAGACGUUCAGCACGCACUAUCCAGCGCUCAACGCCCGGCACCCAACCACCAGCUCCCACGACCCUCUUCAUCGUCAGCUCGAGACCGGACACUGGGACACAACCACCCGCAAUCAUGGCCGAACCGAGAAAGGAUGACACGACCAAGUCGGUCCAGGUCGAGGCCCUGGUCGUCAUGAAAAUCACCAAGCACUGCUCCUCGUCCUUCCCAACCACCGCGACCGGCUCCCUCGUCGGCCUGGAUAACAACGCAACGCUCGAGGUCACCAACACAUUCCCAUUCCCAACCAUCGAUGUCGCCAGCGCCGACUCCCACCAGAACGAUGCCUCCAGCCUGGCCGCUGCCGCCCCCCGCGCAAAGGCCAACAUCAACUACCAGAACGACAUGAUACGGCACCUCAAGGAGGUCAACGUCGAUGCCAACAACGUCGGGUGGUACACCAGCGCCACCAUGGGCAACUUUGUGAACCUGGGCUUCAUCGAGAACAUGUACCACUACCAGCGCGAGAACAACAACGUCGUCGCCCUCGUCCACGACGUCAGCCGGAGCUCCCAGGGCUCUCUCAGCCUCCGCGCCUUCAAGCUGACCAGCGCCUUCAUGGCUGCCUACAAGGAGAACAAGUUCACCACCGAGAACCUCCAAAAGACCAAGUUCACCUACAAGGACAUCCUGCUCGAGCUCCCCGUCCACGUCCACAACUCGCACCUGCUCACCUCGUUCCUGCACCAGCUGCCCCCGCCGCCGGUGAACCCCGAGGUGGAGCUGCCUCAGUCACUUUCCGACAUUGAGCGGGCGCCGGUCCAGCUCCCCGCCUACCCGUCCCUGGACACGCUCGACCUGUCCAUCGACCCGUUCCUCGAGAAGACGUGCGACCUCCUCCUGGACAGCAUCGAGUCACACUACACAGACCUCAACAACCACCAGUACUACCAGAGACAGCUUGCGCGUGAGCAGGCAAAGAUCACGGCAUGGCAGACGAAGCGCAAGGCGGAGAACGCGUCACGGGCUGCAGCCAAGCAGGCGCCACUGCCAGAAGACGAGUGGCAGAGGUUGUUCAAGCUGCCGCAGGAGCCCAGCCGGCUGGAGGGUAUGCUGAAUGCCAAGCAGGUGGAGCAGUACAGCAGGCAGGUGGACGGGUUCACGGCAAAUAUCAGCGCCAAGAUGUUCGCCGUGCGAGGCAACCUGGUGCCGGAGUAGGCAGGGCGAGGCCCCUGGGUUGCUGUGGGCGAAGUCGGGCGGCGUGGUAUGUGGCCAACCAAGUGUUGGGUUGUCCACAGACGGCAGGGGGCAGCCGAGGCCGCUUGAGGCUCGAGGCACGCACGUAUUGGCUGCUGCAUGGGAUCUGGCGUUUGGGGACACAAUGACGCGUACUCGAAUCACGAUGACUGAUAGAAGGGAAGGCUGUACUUGCGGCGGGCGGGGGGCGGGGGGAGCGAGGGCGAGGGGGACAGCGCAUGGGGCGGAGCCGCAGAGACGUAUCGCAGCCGGAGCCAGUGCCAAAGUCAAAGUCAAGGACAGAGGACGGAGCGUAGCUGGAGGUCUGGGCCUCGGCUCUUGGACCAGUGCCAGACACGGCUGAUAGGCGUCUGGGCGGGACUGGCCGGGACAGGGCGAGACAGGGCGGCAAAGGUUAUGAUGACAGCCAGUGUUGAAGACAAGACCCGGGCCGUUGAUGGCCCGGUUGUCGAAGGACUUGGGGACUCGAAUUUUAAUUGUGAUAAAAAGGAAAAGCCCGACAAGGGCAGUACAAAGUCGCAGGAGCACGAUGCCGUGGCGUGGCGUGGCAUUACAUGCAGCGUGAGAUUGGCCCGGGGGCCACGAGUGCGCACAGCAGACAAGGACGUAGCAAGGCCCACCGAGGGACGACGGCGGGAGAGCAUCGGGGGACCAGCGCAUCGGGGGACCGGGGGACCAGGCCACCGGGGCUGACGGGGACAGGAGGUUGAUUGGCUCCGGUCUACCAGUUCACCAGUCAGCGCGGCGGCGACGGGGAUCAAUGAGCUGGUCAGCCCGCUGCUCGCUGACCGACUCUACUCGAGUCGAGUCGCCCGGGCGUGACAUGACUUGGAAGGGGACGUUGGGAGUUGGACGGUGGGGCUCCGAGCUUACUUAAGCCCCCGCCGCAAGGGGCUCGCGGGUUCGAGUCGAGCUCGGAGCUCGAUGUGAGGGGCACAGGAGGACAUGCUCCCCUCAGGGUCGCUGGGUCGCUGGGCCCCUGCCCAAGUUUUCUCUGGCCAUCAACAAAACCCCGUCCUCCCUCCUCCUCCCUCGUCCCUUUCUCCCUCCCUCUCGCGCUCCUCACUCACUCAGCUCAGCUCUUGUCCUCCCGCCCGGUACAGCAGGUUGCACAUAUUGAGUGCCCACCCGAAGCAAAAGAGACAGCAAGCAUCAGCAACGGCCCCCGUCCACUCCCGCCUCCCUCUCUACCUUGACA